AGAUACGAUAUUUUGGUUCUAAAUAGUAAGCUCCAAUGAGUGUAACGCAAGUCCAGAGCCGGACUUACGUUAGUCUGGCUCCUGUACUGUAUAUAGUAGCUAGUAACUCAAAUCCAGUUUUUCAAUCAGCUGAUUUGUAGCUACAUGUGUUUAUUGUUGCUUUUGCUCUCGAAGUUGGUGUUUGAGGUUAGAAGAAAGAUAUUCGAGGUUAUUGUGGUUAAAGAUUGCAUACAUUGUCUUUCAUAUGAAUAAAAGCUAGAGUUUAAUGGUUAUUUACAAUGACGGAUGGACCAUACAGUAAUGUUUCAAGUAGAGGAAAACUUAUGCUUUCAUUGGCACAACAUCAGAACACAUUAGUAAGUCUUGAUCAUGGCUAUGUUGUUACUUCAGAAGAUGUAACAAGUUGCCCAGUGUCUCCAUUAAUAGAGAUUCCUAACAUUCAGGAACAAGCACCCAGGAACAGCAGCCCUGCGGCUUUUCUAACUGAAUUACAGAACCAGAAACCGGACAUCAUCUUCCUGCUGAAAUUGUACAAGAGGACUGUUCAUCAAACAGCAGUUUAUUUUCUGACAAUGAUCUGGAUAAUCCCACUUAUGUACCCCAGGAGAGUUCAGAAAGUGAAAUAUCUUUUAGUGAUGUCAUUGAGAUAUCACAACCUACAACAUUUGAUACAAAUACCGUACCUACAGCCGUAUCAAAUCAAUAUAAACUUGUUCCCUACAGUGAUUCUGAUUCAAAUGAUGACAUGAUAAAUAUUCCUGAAAAGGGCAAAAAGAGAGUCAGAAACCCAUUAAACUGGAAAAAAAACAUUAGGAAAAGAAAAGUACUUUCUGGUGAGCAGUACGUAAAUUCAAAGGGAAAGGUUGCAGAAGGAAGGCCAUUAAAACCUCCAUGUCAAGAUAAUUGUCGAUUAAAAUGUAACACA